AUGGAAACGAUUCAUACUACAAUUCGAGAUUCCCUUGUGAACGUUACUGCUGAGACACAUGACAGCCUUGCCCUCAAGUACUGGAAGCUCUUCGAGCAGUCGGGGCAACGGGAAGAACUCGACACGUCCAUUACACACGAUCGCACAGCUCUCAAGCUACGCCCUGAUGGGCAUCCCGAUCGUUCGAAAUCGUUGUGUAACCUUGCAGUUUCUCUUUCGACGCGAUACAGGCGGUUGGGCCAAUCGGAAGAUCUAGAAGAAGCCAUUAAGAUGAACCGUGCCGCCCUCGAGUUUCAUCCGGAAGACCAUCCUGAUCGCCCCACGUCUCUCAACAACCUUGCGAGCUCUCUAAGUUCACGAUAUGAGCGGCAUGGAAGGAAAGAGGACCUCGAGGAGGCCAUCAAGCUGGAACGAGCCGCUCUCGAGCUUCGACCCGGGGGCCAUCCUGAUCGCUCUACGUCUCUAAUCAAUCUUGCGAGCUCUCUGAUGAUUCGAUACCAACAGUUUGGCAGGACCGAGGACCUUGAGGAGGCCAGUGAUCUGCAACGAGACGCCCUUAAGCUUUCUCCAGAAGACCAUCCUCAUCGCUCCAUGUCUCUUAACAAUCUUGCAAACUCUGUGCGCACUCGAUUCGAAAAGUAUGGAAGGACAGAGGACCUUGAGAAGGCCAUCGAGCUGGAACGAGCCGCGCUCGAGCUUAGACCUGCAGGCCAUCCUGAUCGAUCUACGUCUCUCAACAACCUUGCAGCAACACUGUCAAUACUUCAACACGUUCUCACCGUAAAUCCGACUCUUCAUGCGCAACAUGACUUCCUUCUGAGGAAUAGUGAUCAUAGGGUACUCUCCUUGGACGCUGCCUCCUACGCUGCAGAGAAAAGUCAAUUGGAACAAGCUAUAGAGAUACUGGAGCAGGGAAGAGGCUUACUUUGGUCACAGCUGCGUGGUCUUAGGCAUCCUCUCGAUCAGCUUGCGGAAACGAACGGAAAGCUUGCAGACAGAUUCAGGAAUGUUAGUCGUCAACUGGAGGAUCUUGCGACAUCGCACGAAGCAUUAGCGUCUGGCUCAGACAUCAAUCGAAGUGGUUCACAUCGGCUGGAUGGCGAAUUGGGGCAGAAAUCAUUCGAUGAGCUUUUGAAAUUAAAGAAAAAACUUUCGCAUGAGCAACAGGAGAUCAUGAAUGAUAUUCGACGAGUCCCUGGCUUCGAAAACUUUCUUGAAGCCACGCCUUUUCGGGUGCUGCAGCGAGCAGCAUCGGAUGGUCCGGUCAUUAUGGUCAAUCAUUGCAAAUAUCGAUGUGACGCCCUCAUUAUCCUCUCUCGGAGUGACUUUUCAGUUGUCUGCGUUCCACUAGACGUUGCGUUCUAUGAGGAUAGCAUAAACCAGUGCAACGAGUUGUUAGAAGCACCAAUGAAGAUGUUAUGGGAUAGAGUUGUUUCCAAAGUCAUCGAGAAGCUUACAGAAGUUGGAAUCGCAGAAGGGUCUCGGAUCUGGUGGUGUCCUACAUCGGUGUUAGCUGCACUUCCAUUCCACGCAGCAGGACCAUUCACGGAUGCAGAUGGUACCCCAAAGUACUUAUUGGACAAUUAUGUCUCGUCGUACACUCCGACACUUGGAGCGCUCAUAAAUGCCCGAUCUAACGGCAACUCAAUCGAACCUAAAUUGCUUAUUGUUGGCGACACUAAGACUCUGAAGUCAACUCGAUAGGAGAUUCGGAACAUUCGGAAUUGUACUGGCGAGAGCAUACUUGAGCGCACAAUACUCCUCGAUAAAAAAGGCAUCUCGCCGUACAGUGAUAGAAAAUCUCCAGACGGCUACAUGGAUUCACUUCGCUUGCCACGGUCAUUUGGGCACAAAACCUUUCGACUCCUCAUUCAAGCUUUCCGACCGUGGAUUGACAUUACUGGAUAUCAUUCAAGCUAAUGUCCCAAAUGCCGAGUUCGCAUUCCUCUCCGCCUGCCAUACUGCUGAGCUGUCUCAUUCCGGCGCACACGAUGAGGCGCUCCAUCUAUCAGCAGCUAUGCAGUUCAGUGGGUUCCGAAGUGUAAUUGGAACAAUGUGGGAACUGUACGAUGAAGAUGGACCUUGUGUAGCACGUGCAGUGUACGAGCACAUGAACGAAUGUGAAGAUGUCGAAGCGAGAUAUAAAUUGGCAGCUGCAGGACUUCGGAGAGCAGCUUUGGAGUUGAGGGAGAAGCAUUGGGUUCCGACUGAGAGAUGGGUAAAUUUCGUCCAUAUUGGUGCUUGAAUGACAUUGUGCUGUAAUAAGUUCUAUAACAUGUGUU